AUGGUUCCCGUUUCCCAGUCCAAAAGCUCCAGGCAUGGAGUUCUCGAAACGUGCAGCCUCUAUCUUCACAUUUUCCGCUCGCAUAUCUCCCGCCUCCUCCUCAACAAAACGUUCAUCUUGACAACAGUCGCGUCAAUUCUUAUCCUCGGUCUAACAUAUACGGACGCCAGCCAAAUCAUCCUACCCUUCAUAUCCUCAAACCAACAAGUGACUCCUGUUAUCGCAAGAACAGGGAGUCCUCAGGCUAUCUGGAAUGCGGCGAAGAUUAGAUAUAGCCAUCUAGAUGGCGACAAAUUCACCAUCGCUAUGCUUACUUACCGACGUCCGAAAGAACUGAAUCAUACGCUAUCAGUCUUACUCGAAGAAAAGAUCCCGUCACUCCACGAAAUUGUCGUCAUCUGGGGCGACGUUGAUGAUCUACCGCCAACGAACUUCACAUCUAAGCAUGGAGUUCCUGUGCGAUUUAGGAGAGGCCUACAAGACAGCCUUAACGAAAAGUUACGACCGGAUCCCGACUUCAAGACGCAAUCUAUACUCUUGACAGAUGACGAUGUGUACUAUCACCCCAGUGACCUUGAAUUUGUGUUCCAAACAUGGAAGAAAUUCGGACGGUAUCGUCUCACUGGCGCCCUCGCACGCUGCUACGAUAUGGAUGCAAAGGGUCAAUAUACCUAUAAUUUCUGUCCAGGAGAUAAGCGCGAAGAGUACUCGAUGAUCCUCACCAACCUUUGCUUUUCGCAUAUUUCUUUUAUGGAUUAUUACUGGUCUGAUGACAGCACCAUGGGAAAGGUUCGAGAAUAUGUCGAUGAACACUUCAAUUGUGAAGAUAUUGCGCUGAACUACGUCCAAGGAUUGCUCACAGGACAAGGGCCCCUGUUAGUGAGAGGCUGGGAAGAAUUUGUUAACCUCAGCCCUCCUGGCGGUAUUAGCUUAAGGCCUGGUCAUUUGGAGGCACGGAGCAAGUGUUUAAAUGAUUUUGCAAAUAUUUUCAAGUAUAUGACUUUGGUUCAUGAGACGGGAUAUAUUAAAAGAGGUGUUAAUUAG